AUGUAUUUGUUUAUUAAUACAUAAUACGUGUAUUUUACGGAAAUUUCGUAGUAGAAAACUAUUCUUUUCAUACAAUAUGUGUUCUACACAUAUAUACAAAAUUUGAUUAUUGAAUGGUCCAUCGCACUUUAACUAUAGUCGUUGACUCGACUCACGUAGUAUCGCGUGGAGUUGAAGUGAAGUUGCCGAUGUUUCGUUUUUCAAUCUUUCGGUCGUUAACGAAAUAUUACGAAUCGACUCCGGAUCGACAGGUGUUGCGACGUGUUUAAUUAGUAAGUAAGAUUGUAUUUAAUCGCGUAUUUCUAUAUUUAUUGAUAACAGAAGUAGUACUCUGUGUCGUGAUGAGUAAUUCGUGAAUUUAUUCGCGCAAAAUAUGUUUGACUAAUAGCGGAUUGUAUCUUUCGCGUGCGAGUCUUUGCAUUGUACACUCAUUAAAAAUAAUAAAACGCAUGUUGAGAGAGUGCGACUGUCUAUUCUGAUAAUUAUCACGUGCGCGAUUGUAAUUAAUCAGGCUUUCGCGAGUGAGUCAGUCAUAGAUAUACAUACAUUAUAUAUUAGAGUCAGUGUAAGUGUUGUGUCAGUGCCAAAAGAGAGCAACAAAGGACAAAGAAACAAAGAGAGGAGGAGGAGGCUCGGGGAGGCAGCAAGUAACGGCGGAGCAACCCUUAAGUUACAACGUAUUGUGUACUACAACUCCGCUGUUGCGCAUCGUGCCGACGGACCACCCGAUAGGCACUUUCAGCCGUCCUAUUGAUUUUCCCGUGGAAGCGCACGCGCUACUCCGUCCCCGAUUGCGACAAGGGGGGUGCGGCUGUAAUCAUGGAUUCCAGUAUACUCGCCACCAUGGACAAGGACGCACUGAAGAAGCAGAUCGAGAACAUGAAGUACCAGGCGUCCAUGGAACGGUGGCCCCUGUCCAAGAGCAUCGCGGCAAUGCGGGAGUACGUGGAAGAGAAUGAGAAGAAUGACCCGCUGAUACACGCGCCCGACAAGAAGAACAAUCCUUGGGCCGAGAAAGGCAAGUGCAUAAUCAUGUAAUCGGGGCCAACAGCGGAGGAAGAGCAGCGGAAGAAGAAGGAAGCGUGUAUACAAACCGAGAAGAAGAGGAGCCGAUCGUUCAUCCGCGGCAAAGGGAAUCUCAGGCAAAGAUUACGAAAAGGAAAAGGGGGAGGUGGAGCGGAAGGAAGAGGAAGAAAUGCCGGUAGACGUCCGCUGUGGUUCGAUCGCGGAUUUAUAAUGAUCGUUGACCGGCCGUCGAAAUAAGAACGUGGGGCUAUGAAUCUAUCUCGAUCUCGCAGUCGAUCCGUUAAUCGAAAAUCGGACUUUGGCGAAUCGUUUACCGGACCGUUCCGUUCCCUCGGGACUGCUUUUCCAUCGCGCGGCGUGCGGCUGUGACGCUAAUUCUCGAUUCGUGUCGUUCUACGAGGUGUAUUAUCCCUCCCUAAUCGUGCCAUUAUUCGUAACAUGAUUGUUGUUUGUAAAGAUAUUUCGAGAUAGUCUCGAAGUCCGUGCAUCAUCGAUCGGCACGUGGACGCAGAUGAAAAGAGAAAAAUGGAAAAAAAAAGAAAGGAAAACGAAGAAAACAAGUCGAUUACUCGAUCGUACGAUCAUACGAUCGUUAUUCGAUUUUCCGAAAUAGUCGCGAUAAAAUUCGUGUCAAAUUUAAUCAGUCUUAUAUUCGCGUAAAGAAUCGAAGAAGAAUAGAGACAAGAAAUGAAAAGGAAAUCGGAAAAUCUAUUAGGUGAAAUACUUUCACUUGGUGGAAGCUGUCGUCUGGAUCGAUCGACGUCGAAUCAAUCGCCGCAUGCCACGUGACGUCGCGUUGCACAUCUCACUCGCCGAUGCACUUGCCGUGUAAAACUCUCCCCAUUCACUGACGAUCUAUCAUAAAUGCAAUUUUCUCUAAUGUUACAUAUACAUAUAUACUAUACAUGACACAUACAGUUAUUAAUAUGAUAAUUAUAAUUACUCUUGUAUAUGUAUCUCUGCGCGAAUUUCUUACCGAAAAUAUAUAAUAUGACCAGCGACUGAAAUUCAAA